CCCCUCUCCCUCCCCUCCCGACGCUGACAUCUGCCAAAUCAGCUAUUUUCCUCCUCGCGAUCGUGGCUCUUCACCGGCGUGUUUUCUCCACCUGAUCUCGUCAUCAGAUGCAGCAACCGCAGCAUCAUCAGCAGCAGCACCCCUUCUCGUAUAUCUUCGUCGACCGGCGCACCUACUGGCUGCUCAGCAUAGAGGACGUCGUGCGGCUGAGGGCCACCUGCACGUGGCUCAGAGAUCUCUUCGGAGCCGUCCAGCUGAGAGAUCGGCUCCGCCACUCUGUCGGCUCACAGGCGGGGCUGCGGCGGGUGGUGAAUGGGCGGCAAGUGCAGCUGCUGGGCUUCGACGACGACCAGUUCGGCACACAUGAUCUGCUGGCGGCUGUGUGUGUGGUGGAGCAGGGGCCAUGGGACGAGAUCGGCGAGGUGCUUGAGGUGGCGGCGCAGUUCGCACCCUACCGCUACUGCUACUGCGCGAAUUGCAUCUUUGAUGAUUUGCCUCCUGAUGCUGAGCCACUCAUCCACCUGAAUUAUGAGCUGCCCGGCAUCAUCACAGCCGAUGACAUCCGAUGACAUCAACACACACGCAAACAAGACGG